CCCAUAUGUUUGCCACCGGAGGACACGGAUGACCUGUCGGACAGAAACGCCACAAUCACCGGAUGGGGUCGUCUAAGCGAAGGUGGAGAGAGAGCAGCGGUUCUCAAAGAGGCCAACGUUCCGAUUGUCAGUAACAAGAGGUGCGAAGAAAUGUUCAAAAGUGUCGGACGACAUGAAGCCAUUCCCGAGAUAUUGAUGUGCGCCGGUUAUGAUAAGGGAGGACCAGAUUCAUGCAAUGGUGACAGUGGGGGCCCACUUCAGGUUCAGGAUGAUGAGGGUCAUUGGUUUCUGGCCGGGAUAGUGUCUUGGGGUAUAGGGUGCGGUGAGCCCUCACAACCGGGUGUCUACACACUAAUACAACUAAAUCAUGACAUUAAUGGCAAAUGGUUUAAAUAUUUGAGUGAAUUGUGGGAACUGUGGUCCAGAAGAUUGCAAUACAAGACCAACAGAAUCACAACACAUGAUGUCUGGAAGGAUGAGGUGCACAACGCCGGGAUGAUGCCCUUCCCACAUGAGUGGCAUUAUGAUGUGCCCUCACAGGACAAAAACGAGGAUUUGUUGAUAUAUGGCGUGAAUUCAUCGAAACAAAGCAUUUAUAUUGCAAUCAAAUGGAGACCAAAAGGAGUCGACAAUCAAAUGAAUGCAACCAUUAGUUUGAGAUUUGAUGACAACAACAGUAAUAGCUAUACAUUAGAGGAGGUCUCGGAGGUCGAGUACCGGAAGAAUGAAUACAGAAUUUGUGGACUCGGAGUUGAGAUAAUGUCUCCAUUCAGAAGGAAAAGGAUUAAAUUUAGGGGAUAUCUCAAGAAAAACAACAAUGAAUUAGUUUACGUUAGAUUUAGAUUCUUAUGGUAUGCGGUCUCAAGGGUUUAUGACUUCACCCAUGAUUUCGACGAUCACUUUAUGGCCAAAGAGUUGUUAUUAUCCCCGAAAUCAAGAGGAAGUAGUGAUCGGUUUGAGGACCGAUUCGAACAAUUCGGUCAAAUGAAGGGUAACUUCAAGGAAGAGAUGGAAGAGGAAAGACAGCUAUACUUCUGGGGAUCUGAAUUGGAUUUCAUUUGGGAUUCAUAUCUAAUGAAAAUGGUUUGA